UUUUAAAAUUACCAGCAAAACAAAUCCCCGCUAUGUCUGAACUUGCUCUUACCAUGUUACUGCUGUACCCCAAGUACUAUUAGAGGGGUUCUGCUACUUUUCCUGCCCAGAAUCAUGGAAUUGGAUGUCUCUCAGAAGGAAAUUGGGAAAAUAUGGCACCGUAAACCGUGCCCUUCGAAAGAUGAAGGAUUGAUGAUUAAAGUGACGCACAGCGUCGCUGGACCUUUUUCUGGACCCUGUCGAAAUGUACGGUUCCUACAUGCCAGUUUUAACGUCACAGGAGACUGUUUUCUUGCUGGAGAUCACCAGGGUCACAUCUACCACUUUGAUCUCUCAAGGAACAGGUUUAAUCUUGUUCAGAAGGCUGGCCAGCCAAGCACAGCAUUCGCCUUCACUCUUCACCACAAGUCAGAGUUUUUGGUUGGGCUCGGUGACUACUCGCUGAAAUGUUUCGACACGGACAAACAAGAGCUAGUGGCGUGGAUGAAGGGCCACGAGUCAGCCAUUCACAGUAUCUCUGUCCACAUGAAUGGACGGUACGCCGUGACCACCUCAGCUGAGACCACACAUCUCUGGGACCUGGACACCUUCCAGAAAAAACACAAGCUCAACAUCAAGGAGGAUGUCGGUCUUCUGCAGGCAUUUUUCCUGCCCAACAGUGAUACUAUUAUGACAUGUUUCCGCGAUGACACUGUUUUCGCCUGGGACUUGACCUCUAUGACCUGCAAGUACCAGCUGCCUGUGCCUCCGGGGAAGCCUCCACAGUACCGAGCAUUUGCUGCUUCAAGAGAUGGACGCUAUCUUGUGGCAGGUGGAAGGUCACGAUUUCUCCACUUGUGGUCGCUCGAUACCCGACGUCUGAUCCGUGUAAUUGAGAUGCCAAGCAAAGUUGUGGCCAUCAGACAAUUGCAUUUCCUGCAAGACAAGUUUCAGAGUGGGGCAGAUCAGAUUAUCGGAGUGCUGUCUCAGGAUGGAAUCAUGAGGUUCAUCAAUACGGACUCGUGUCGGCUGCUCUUUGACAUUGGUACUGUAGACAGACGAAUCAGAUCUGUCGCUGUUGGUCCUGGAGGACGUUAUAUCAUUGCUCUGAUGGAGGACGGGAAUAUGCAUGUGUACAGUGUACAAGCUCUGUCAGCUGACUACAACAAGCCGCCUCCUCCACUGAUGAAAGUUGUCACGGGCAACACGCUUUCAGACACCCUUAGCACAGAGAGUAGCAUGCGGCGCGCCAAACUGACACAGACAUCCUCUAAAAACUUUGAUGCGAAACGCUCGUCUAAGAACGCCUCAGAGGACAUGAGUGAUUUGGAGGGAGAUAAAGAGAAUUCAGAGCUUGGUGGUUUGAACAAAGAAAAGCUGAUGUCAAUCCUCAAAGGUUAUGGUGAAUACCCAGCUAAGUAUAGAAUGUUUAUUUGGAGAAAGAUCCUGGAGUUACCUGAAAACUUCACAGCCUAUGCGGCAUUGGUGGACAAGGGGGCUCAUCCUGCGUAUUCCAAGCUUCAUGAAAUUUAUCCAAUUAAAAGUCGGAAACUCCUUCGAGUUUUACAGAGGAUCCUGUCUGCAAUGGCUCACUGGUCACCCAUAUUUGGAGAGACCCAGUAUCUGCCAUCAUUUGCCUUCCCCUUUGUGAAGCUGUUUCAGAACAACCACCUUGUGUGCUUUGAGCUGAUUACGACGGUGCUAGUGAACUGGGGUCAGCACUGGUUUGAGUAUUUCCCCAAUCCACCCAUCAACGUCCUGGGUAUGAUUGAGAACAUGCUGGCUUACCACGACAGGUACCUGUUGCAACACCUGGUCCAACAGGGGGUCACUUCACAGAUAUAUGCAUGGCCUCUCCUGGAGACGGUUUUCUCUGAGGUGUUGACCCAGGACGAGUGGCUGAUGCUGUGGGAUAAUGUGCUGAGCAACCACCCAUCCUUCCUGCUGGUAGCUGUGGUGGCCUAUGCCAUCUCUGCCCGAGGGCCGCUCCUGAAGUGUACUGAGCUGGAGGACUUCAAGUUUUUCUUCCAUCACCGUAACGCCAUGAACGUACGUCAGGUGUUGAAGGAGACAUACAGGCUCAUGGAGUCGACACCAGAUGAUCUUCACCCGAAGAACAAACUGGAUGAGUUUAUCCCCCUCACCAGGGGCAACUACCCUGUCUUCAACAAGUAUCCCAAAUUUAUUGUUGACUAUCAGGUUCAAGAACGAGAGAGAAUCCGACAAGAAGAGCUUGACUACCUCAGACAAAAGCGUGUGACGUUGGAUGUGCAGAAGGAAACCAUCCAGAAACAGCAAGAGGAGGAGCAGUGGUACCGCCAGCAGCAGUUGCUCAUGGAGGCGGAGGAGAGGAGGAGGAGGAUGAUUCAGGAGGAAGAAGAAAAGUUGGCAGAGCAGAGAAAGAGGUUGCUGGCCAUGAACCGUGAAGUCAAGCUGAAGGAGCUGACCCUUCUGGAGGCUGGACGCCGGAAGUUCUUACAGUUCCAAAAGGAGCAGAGAGAGGUUGAGCUACGACGUUUGGACGAUGAGCUGCAGAGAAAGGCCUUACAGCGGGACCAGGAGACAGACACUGCUGUGCAGGAGGCUGAGACUAGGAACCUGGAGCUGCAGCUGCAAAAGAAAAUGUUUGAACAGGAGCUGUACCGGGAGUUUGCUGUGCAGUCUCAGGCCCUGCGGACAGAACAAGACAUGCACCGCAAGCAGACUGAGCUGGAAGGAAGACUACAAAUGAAGCUGGAUGAGGCCGAGCGAGACCGUGAACUCGAGACGAGAAAGAUGAUGGAGCAGAGUUUGGCGGCAGCAGCACAGAAAAACCUAGAUAUGUGGGCUCACAAAGACCUGGACCACAAACAUCAGAUGGAGGAGCUGGACCGGGAGGCUGACAAUGUCAAGCUUGCUGGUUUGAAUGCCACAAACAGAGCCCUAGAGAAUGAAGUCUAUGAUCUUAUGUCCAAGGUCAAAAGGCAGAAGGAAAUGGAGACAGCCCUCGGAUACGAUGAGAUCGCAGCCAGCAGGAUGGAUGGAGCGAGGCAGAAUGAUAGAAGGAUGCGCAUGACAGAGGAAGAACUGCUGGGAGGAAGACACCACACUCUGGAUUUGGCUGAGAUGCUUGAGGAAGAUGAAGAUAAGCCUCAGUCUGUCUUCCGCAAAUUGAUGGAGAAAAACAGCUCUGAGCUUCUGCCUCCGGACUCCUCGCAAGACAUGUCAAAAGUGUCUUUUGAGAGGAACAGGCGUGCCUUUGAUGAGAAAGAGAUUGCCCUUCUCAAUGAAGUGCGACAAAUGCGGCAGAGACUGGCCACGGAGAACAGGAACAAACGGCCGCCCCCUGUAGCAACUGCCGAGAGCGACUGAACAAUUUUUUUUACAUCCUUCUGUAGUCAUAAUGUUAUAUUUUUGUACACCUGAAUUUUAAGGGGUCGGAUUUUUGGGGGGGAGGGCGGGGAGAUUUUAGUCUGCUCUUUUGCGCAAGUUUUUCUGUACUUGUAUUUUAAUGAAGAAAAAAAACCACGCAGAGAGUGACUGAAAGCUUUCUUCAGCUCACUAUACCCAAAAAUUAUGGUUUAUUGCUUUCCAUUUUUUGGGGAUUUCUUCUGGGGGAAUAAAAUCACUUCUCUUUUUUCAUUUUAUUCUGUACUUGUAUUUCUAUAAAGAAAAACAUUCAGAGAAUAACUUAAUA